AUGCAGGGUUUAUUCCUCCAAGGCCUUUUGGCCUCACUAGCCUCUGCUAGUAUCACCCAUCAGAACCCAGCCGUGGAUGGUCCUGAUGUUUUGUCGCGAUGGCUUGAUAUGCGAUCACCCGAGAAUGACACAACCAGCAACCUCACCAGCCGAAAUUACGUGUCGGCAUCACCUGCGCAGCUCUUUGGAAAGCGUGCUGAUGAGCCUCCGGGUGAGGGUGCGCUGCUGUGCCCCAACGGCGAGUGUGCUGACAAGAGUUGCUGUUCGGCCAAAGGUGUCUGCGGCUAUGGUAAAGGCUUCUGUGAUGAAGGCUGCCAGAGCAACUGUGAUGCCACGGCUAUGUGCGGUGAGCUGUCUGAAGGAGGUGACAUCCCAUGUGGCCUCAAUCUUUGUUGCAGUUCCGGUGGCUGGUGCGGUACUACAGAGGUUCACUGUGUUGGUCCCAAUAAGUGGUCACUCUGCCAGCAAGGUUAUGGUAGUUGCGAGAUGAUCAAACCCAAGACAUGUGGCGAGGGUUCUGGUACUGCCGACAAGCGUAUGAUCGGCUACUACCAGGCCAACAAUAUGCGUAACCGCGCUUGCAACAAGAUUUACCCCAAGGACAUCAAGACCGAUAGCUACACUCAUCUCUAUUGGGCCUUUGCCACCAUCGACCCCAACUCUUACGCUGUCAAGCUUGCCGAGGCCGAGGAUGAGGACAACGUCCGCGACUUCACUGCUCUCAAGGGUCAAGGUAGAAACCUUCAGACCUGGGUGGCUGUUGGUGGUUACGACUUCAGUGAUGAAGAUAAGCCAACCCACAAGACUUGGGCUGACCUUUGCGCCGAUGCUGGAAAGCGAGCCGACUUUAUUAAGUCAGCCGCUGCAUUCAUGGACAAGUACGGCUUCCAGGGUAUUGACCUUGACUGGGAGUACCCUGGUGAGCCGAAACGUGGAGGUAGUCGUGCCGAUAUUGCCAACUUUGUCUCCUUGCUCAGGGACAUGAAGAAAGCAUGGGGUGACAAGUAUGGCAUCAGUUUGACUUUGGCGCCUGAUUACUGGUACCUGCGAUAUUUCGAUGUCGCAGGCCUGGCCCCAUAUGUGGACCAUUUCGGAUUCAUGGCUUAUGACCUGCACGGUUUCUGGGAUGCUGACGUCAAGACCUUGGAUCCCAUCGUCCGAGGCCAGGCUGAUAUCCGCGAGAUCAUGAACAACACUAUCCCACUGGCCUAUGCUGGUGUCGACUUCAACAAGAUCAACUUUGGUGUUGCGUGGUAUGGUCGUGGAUAUACCUUGACCGAUCCCAAGUGCCAGACCCUCGGUUGUCCCUUCUCCGGCCCCAGUAGCCCAGCUAAGUGCACAAACAGUGCGGGUGUUAUGUCUCUAUUGGAAAUCCAAGACAAGGCAAAGAACGGAGGCAAGACCCGUCUUCUUAAAGAUUCGGCCAUGAAAGAGCUUGUCUACGAGGACCAGUGGGUUGGCUACGACGACGAGGAGACGAUUGAGCUGAAACGAAAGUUUGCCAACAACCUUUGUUUUGGUGGUCUAAUGGCCUGGAGCGUUGAUUUUGAGCCUGGUACCGGACAGAACAGUGACAUGGAGCCUGAAAAGUCCACAGACGGUUCGUGCGGACCUAAGCACAGGGGUACCAUUUGUGAGGGCACCAGCUAUGGCGACUGUUGCUCCGAGUACAGCUCUUGCGGAUCCUCAUCGUUGCACUGCGGCACAGGAUGUGUCAGUGGCAAGUGUACCAAAAAUGGAAAGUCAACCAAUGGCCGAUGCGGUGUCGGCUUCCUCGGAGCUACUUGCAAGGGAACUUCUUAUGGCGACUGCUGUUCGCGCGAAGGCUGGUGUGGUAGUUCCGACGGCCACUGUGGCGAUGGAUGCCAAAGCGGUUGCGACAAGGACGAUGACAGCGAAGACGAGGAGGAGGAUAACGAUGACAAUCCUAAGAUCCCUGCCUUGGCUCAAAAGGGUACGACGGCGGGAUCUUCCGGUGAUCAAGGUAGCGACUGGCCUCAAGAGCUGAAGGACGACAUUUGCAAGUACAAAUACGACUACGAGGAUGAAGGCGAGGUGUUCAAGGCAUGGUUCCAGAGUGGCGCACUCAACUGGUUCACAGCGUGGCUGAAGAAGAAUGGUGCCAAGAACUGGACGGAUAAGUUCUUCAAGGACGUUAUUGCUGGUGGCAAGCAAGGCAGUUCUACCUUUGACUGCAAGGACCUCGGCUCGACAACGUGUACGGGCCCUGGUGCCACGCCUUGCGACACUUACACGCCGCCCAUGGCCUUUUAUGUUCACGUCCAGAUCGCCAACAUGUUCAGCGCAUUCCACAAGCUAUGGAUGAAGAACAUCAAUUUCAGCAUCAAGCAGUUGUCGAGCGGCAUCAAGGAGAUUGUCAAAGAGUAUGGUGAUCCUCCCAAGGAUGAUCGCAGCAUGCUUCUCAACAUGAUGGUUGGUAUCCUCACCUCGGGUGCCGGUCUCAGCGCUGGAAGUGCAGGUCUUGCGGGCGGUAUCACUUUCUUUUCGGGUGCCGUCGCCUCCAUCGCUGCAAAUGGCGACCUUUUCGGCGACAAGGUGACGGUUGAUGAUCUCAAUGACGACCUUGAGAACGCCUACGGUACUGCCUUUUCUGCCGUGCUCAAUGCUACUACUGGCUACGUCGAGGACGUCAUGUCUGGAAGGAUUCCCGGCAACUGGGAGGUGGACGAGAAUGAAGAAGACAAAUACGCCGAGACCUUUGUUUUGACCCGUUUCAUCAAAGGCGAUUGGUUAUCGGAACCUUUGAUCAGCAAGGCCAUGCAGACUUAUGUUACUGCCACACACAAGAAAUGGAUGGAAUUCGCCAAGACAAGAUGUCUGUUGCCUGGCCACAAGGGCUAUUACUAUUCUUUGAUGUGGAGCGGUUUGAGAACGAAAUCCUCAGACCCAGUCGGCAAAACGCAAAAGUUGACAGAAGAUGUCUGUCGCAACAAACUCCCCGGAUGCAUUUGGCAUGAUAACAACUGUGUUUGCUUCGGAAAGAGUACUCUCAGAUACCCUAGUGCCAAACGACAGUAUGACCCGCUGUCCCGAACUGAUAUCGAAGAGAUGAAGAAGAUUGUCGAUGACUAUGAGGCCGCCCUCAUCAACAACUACGAGUGCGACAAUGGCGAGCCUUCAAUUCCCAGCGCGAAGGAUUUCAACAUCAAGAACCCCAUUCAGUACCCCAAGUGCUUUAUCCCCUUUCACAAGCUCACCAAAGACGAGGCAUUUCACUGUGAUAUUCCGAAGGACCUCUGGUGA